AGCAACAAUUCGCGGCGGCCGACUCCAACAGCACGACGCCGGCCAAGACGUUCAUCCCGUGCAAGGUGUGCGGGGACAAGGCGUCGGGGUACCACUACGGCGUCACGUCCUGCGAGGGCUGCAAGGGGUUCUUCAGACGCAGCAUCCAGAAGCAGAUCGAGUACCGCUGCCUGCGCGACGGCAAAUGCCUGGUCAUCAGGCUGAACCGGAACCGCUGCCAGUACUGCCGCUUUAGGAAAUGUCUGGCGGUCGGCAUGUCGCGGGACUGUAAGUACUCUCCGG